UCAAGCAUUCCUUCAAGUAUAAAAAAGAAAAGAUAACACGAACAUAGCAUUGCUUAUACCAUCCCUGAUAAAGGCCUGAGAAAAGAAAGAAGAGACAAACCACUGAACCGCCGCUAAUAAACCAACAAAAUAUAUAGGAUAAGGAAAGAACCCCUUUGAUGUUGGUCUAUCUUCUAUCUUCCUCACAUUCCCGCAAAAUGUGAAAGCCUCCACUAAUGGAUAUACCUGUCAGUCUAAGCCUUCAAAAUCUACCAAUCAAAGACCCAAAACCAAAAGACUGGAACUUGAUCAUAAAGCACCACGCCAAGCUCAAAAAUGACCAUGCAAUCCUCUCAACAUAUACCCAGAUGGAAUCUCUCGGAGUGGCACCCGAUAACACCUCUCUGCCUCUGGUUCUCAAGGCAUGUGCAAUGCUGAGUGCCAUCGAGAGAGGCAAGGGAAUACAUUCGAGUAUUCGGAACACGGGUUUAAUGAAAGAUGCUAGAAUUGGGACUGCCCUUGUUGAUUUUUACUGCAAAGGCGGGCUUAUCAAUGAUGCGGUUGAGGUGUUUGAUGAAAUGAGGGAGAGAGAUUUGGUUAUGUGGAAUGCUUUGAUACAUGGGUAUGUGAGGUGUUGUUGUUACAAGGAGGCUAUAUCGUUGUUCAUGCAGAUGCAGAAUGGGGGAUUGAAACCCAAUUCGCGUACUGUGGUUGCAUUGCUUUCAGCAUGUAGGGAGGUUUCAGAGUUGAGGUCCGGACAGGAGAUACAUGGCUAUGCCUUGAGGAAUGGUCUCUUUGAUUUGGAUGCUCAUGUGGGUACUGCUUUGAUAGGGUUUUAUCUGAGAUUCGACAUUAAAACAACACGCCUUACGUUUGAUUCGAUGGUUGUGAGGAACAUUGUCAGUUGGAAUGCAAUAAUUACAGGGUAUGUUGAAAUUGGAGAGUACUUGAUGACCUUGAAGCUUUUUGUACAGAUGCUUGUGGACGGGCUUAAGUUUGACUAUGUUUCAAUGUUGGUUGUUAUUCAGGCCUGUGCAGGAAUUGGAUCUAUUGAAUUAGGUAGGCAAAUUCAUCAAAUGGCUAUUAAGAAUAGUUACAGUGAUGAUCUGUUCAUAGUAAAUGCAUUGCUGAAUAUGUACAGUGAGUGUGGAUUUUUCGAGCUAUCACGUAAAUUAUUUGAAUUUGUCUCCAGCCGUGAUGUUGCUUUGUGGAAUUCCAUGAUAUCUGCAUGCAUUGAAUAUGGCUUUUAUGAGGAAGCUUUGAGCUUGUUUUCUAAAAUGCGAAUAGAAGGAAUCAGAGAAGACGAGAGAACUAUUGUUAUAAUGUUGUCGGUAUGUGAAGAUUUAGCUGAGGGCUUGAGGAACGGUAAAAGUUUGCAUGCUCUUGCAAGAAAGAGUGGGAUGAAAAUGGAUGCUUCUCUAGGAAAUACAUUGUUGAGUAUGUAUGCUGAAUUUAACUGUGUUGAAUCUGUUCAGAAGGCUUUUUCUGAGAUGAAAUACUCAGAUGUUAUCUCAUGGAACACUCUGAUCAGGGCACUAGCCUGCAAUGGAUUGCAAGAUGAAGCAUGGAAAAUAUUUGGGGUGAUGCGAGAAUCUGACACCAAACCUAACUCACAUACAAUAAUAUCUAUCCUUGCUACUUGUGAAGAUGAAACUUGUAUAAAUAUAGUGCGAGCAAUUCAUGGUUUUGUGAUAAAACAUGGUAUUGAAGCUGACCUAUCCUUGAACACUGCACUAACAGAUAUGUACAUGAAUUGUGGUGAUGAAGCAGCAGCUAGGACUGUAUUUGAGGGCUGUCCCAGUAGGGAUGUGAUCUCAUGGAAUGCUUUAAUUGCAAGUUACAUAAAAAACAAUGAAAUCGGCAAAGCUCAGUUACUCUUUAACCGUAUGGUUUCAGAAGUGAAUCCCAACUCUGUGACAAUCAUAAAUAUUCUAUCAUCAUGUACCCAGCUUGCCUCUCUGCCUCUAGGUCAAUGCUUGCAUGCUUAUGCAAAUCGGAGGCAAUUCUCAUUUGGUUUUGAUUUGUCUCUUGCAAAUGCUUUUAUAUCAAUGUAUGCAAGAAGUGGUAGCAUGCAAAAUGCUGAAAAGAUGUUUAAAAUUUUGCCAAAGAGGAAUGUUGUCUCAUGGAAUGCCUUGAUUACUGGGUACAGCAUGCACGGUCACGGACAUGAUGCUAUUCAUGCGUUCUUACAAAUGUUAGAAGAUGGUUUUCGACCAAAUGGGGCAACUUUUGUAGCUGUUCUAUCUGCUUGCAGACAUUCUGGUUUGAUAGAGAUGGGAUUGCAGCUUUUCCACACUAUGGUACGUGAUUUCAAGAUAUCACCUGAGCUUGUUCACUAUGGUUGUGUGGUUGACCUUCUUGGUCGUGCAGGCCGCUUAGAAGAAGGUAGAGAGUUUAUUGAAUCAAUGCCUGUUGAAGCAGAUGCAUCAGUGUGGAGAGCCUUGCUCAAUGCUUGUCGACUUCAUUCUGCCACGAAGUUAGCUAGAACCAUAUUUGAAAAACUUGUUGAAUUAGAACCGAUGAAUGCAGGGAAUUAUGUUCUGAUAUCUAAUAUAUAUGCUGCAGCAGGUCUAUGGAUGGAGGUCAGGCAGAUAAGAACACGGCUCAGGGAAAAGGGUUUAGAAAAGCCUCCCGGAGUAAGUUGGAUUGUUGUUAAAAGCCAGGUCCAUUGUUUCGUUGCUGGAGACACAUCACACCUUCAAUCAGACAUAAUUUAUGCAAGUUUAAAUUCUCUGUCAACCUUGAUUAAAGAAAGUGGAUACAUUCCUGAUCUUCGAUUGGUUUUGCGUGACGAAGAGGGUUAGGUUGAAAGUGGGGUCAUAAUCUUCAGUUUUCCAUACUGCUGAGGGUUGGGAACCUUUUAAUGAUCACUAAGAACUCAAAAAGGCUUUGUGAUGGGUUCCAUUGAUUAAUGUGUCUGUCAUUGUUGGAAGGGAAGAACAUGAAAAAUUUUGCAUCUUUUUUAGGCUUGGUAAACAAUUCCCUCGUGUAUAUAUGUAUUGAGAGUCUGCGACAAAAAUGAAAGAAAGCUUCCAGAUAUGGUUUCUCAAAAGAAUGAAAGCAUCAAUUUCAAAAGAUGGGGAAGGAGCAGUCAAUUUAAGAAGUUUGGUUAUUCCAAGCCGGGAUGGAUUUAUAGUUACCUCAGGCAGAGCAUAAUUGUAAUUUGUUUUUUCAAGAGAAAUUAUUUGAGUCAAAGGCAAAUUCUUAUAGCAAUGAUGCCACAAAUCU